UUAUCGACCACAGCGACCACACGACAUACUCUUUUUUGCCCAUCGCCCCCGACACAAUACACGGGCCCAUCACUCCUUGUUCCCAUUGUUAGCCGCCCGACCGUUGCACACCGCCCCGGCACAGCCCAACGUCCCUCUCCCUCUUUCGACCGCCCACCACCUCACCGACCAUCACGAUGCUCGGCCACACGCUCGCUCUCCUCACCGUCGCGGCGUCAGCAGCCCUCGCGAGCAGCAGCGGGCCCGCGCCGCUGUCGCCCGCUGCCCUCCUCCUCGCGCGCGAUGGCAAAGGGUACGCCGACCCGAACGACGACGGCGGGUCCAUGUUUACUAUCGUUAAUGGCACAUAUCCCCCAGGCCUGGGCGAGCCGCUCAACGUUAUCAUCUCGGCAGACUCGGACCCCGAGGUGCUCGUCGACUCGACCUUCAAGGGCGGGUUCCAGAACUACAUGCUCGCUGCAGAGCUCUCGACGGAAUGCCUGGGCGGAAACUUUGGCUCGAAGCAGAAUGCGAGUCUCGACGCCUCGCACCGCAACGUGACCCAGAUCGGUGUCCUGCGCCAGAACUUUGGCGACCCGUACCUCGGCUCGUGCAAGGAGACGUUUGACGGCGGCCAGCACCUGCGGUACUGGCGCCAGAACUCGACCAACGCGCUCUUCCUCGCCGUGUCUAUCGAGAUGAGCCUCGCCAAGCAGCACGACAUCGUGCCGAACGGGUACAACCUCGGCCGCGACUACCUCGUGGGCAACUUGACGGGCCACCAGAUCGACUCGCGCAACGUGACGAAUGCGACCGUGUUCACGGGCAACGUGACGUACGGAAACUACUCGUACUCGACCGAGGCGCGGUACGUCUCGGGCCUGCUGAACGCGUCGUCGGACGGCGUCAACCACUACAUUACGGUCGAGGUCGACAACCACCCCGCGAUCGACGGCCUUGUCGCGGUCUUGACAGUCAAGAUUACGGCGCGCCCGCCCGGUGUCAAGGCCGCGGCUCCUGGUACCGCGGGUGCUACUCCUGCUGCGAAGCGGACAGCGUCGGUGCUGUUGCUUUCUGGCGUGCUCGCCCUCGGCGCAGGCUGGCUCCUGUUGUAGUCUGGCUCCCACGCCAGCCGCAUCUUUCCCUCACUACACCCAUAGACUAGCUUCUGUAGCAUAGAUACCCGUCGACCG